AUGUCGGACAAAACGCCGACUACGCGUUUCGCGCACUGGAACAAAUGGCCGUUCAUCAACGUGAGAUCGAACCAACUCCAAUCGCCCUUCUUCCGAUUAUCACGCGAGAUCCGAGACAAAAUCUACGAAUACUACGUCGUCGCCGAGAAUGGCUACUUCUACAACCCGGAAACCCGGAAAAUGAUGGAUGGUCACCCCUCAUCCACAUCGCCAAAACCACAGGUUAUCAACAUCAACUUGAUAAGGACUUGUAAGAUUGCGGCCGCAGAGAUGAAGGGGUUGGCAUUCGAGCGCAAUGUGGUCAUAUUCCACGCUAUGUGCUCCGUGGACGACGGACAUGGGUACAUGAAUCUCAACUCACGGGCUGGACGCUUCAAAACUCCAGUAGCUAUCCAGUACUUGGAAACGAUGAAUCCAAGAGUACGCAUGUCACUACGCAAGAUCGUGAUAAGAGAAGACUUCAAAAGCGUUUCCAAUCCAGAACUCCACGCCCAAGGUCUCAUUCCCUUCUGUCGCGAGAAUAUGAACCUCCGGAUUACUCGACACAUCAGUCUUUUCAAAUCUAUGCUUCCAGUGCAUUCCGGCGGGCAAGACGACCGACGAAGCGAAUACUACGACUGUGAUGUUAUCCAGGGCGCGGAAUGUCUGGAAGCGAUGAAACACUGGAUACAAGCAGUAUCUUCAGUCCACACACUUGGAAUGCCGAAAGAGAGCUUCUCACUGUUCUUCGACAACAGUGUGGCGGAAGGCGACUGGGUCUAG